AUGUCAGACGGCCGCUAUGAAGAAAGUUCUUCGAGACACAAAAUCAACAACCUUCCUCCUUUGGCGCCUCGAGAUGGCAAACCAGCCCUACCGGUUCGGGAACUUCUGUCGCAAACAUCUUCGACCUCGAGUGGGCGGCCGCCGCGACUGUCACACCGUUCCCGGGCGGGAUGCUGGACAUGUCGUGGGAGAAAAGUCAAGUGUGAUGAAGCACAUCCCCGAUGCGGUCCAUGCACGCGUCUGAAUCGUGAGUGUGACUGGGAUCAUAGGUGGAACUUCAACGACAGCGUUCAGGUGGUUCAGAGCAAAUACUCCAACGUCACCACGUCAGGUAAUGCCGUGUGGGACCCAGCAGUACGAGCCAGCAAUAGCCCCACAAGUCAGGAACACGACGACGACUUACCCGACUUUGCAUCUCUUACCACUGACGAAGACCGCGAACGCAAGGCCAUCACACAACGACCAGGCACGUUUGCAGUGGUAGCUACGCCAGAGAGCUUCUACGACCUCCCCGAAUAUGCUGCAGCCUCGCCACYCAGUCACCGACRCACGAGUGGUACCUCAUCCCGAGGAGGUCAUGCCAGUCGAAGGGAUAGUCUCAGUCGAUCGASGACCCUCCCAGAUCCAAACACUGUGAUGCUAGAGAGAUUUGAAGAAUCAUCUUCGUUACCAGUGGGGACCUCUACAAUCACCAGUGAAUCCCGACGAGAAAGCUUUCCGGAAAAUCUCGAGCAACUAUCGAUAACCUCUCCGAAUGUUGCAACGGCAUCAGCGCCGUCCACGCCGGUACGAAGUCCGGACGACCAUCUACUCGCGCACUUUCGGCAAUACAUCUCUCCACGUCUCAUUCAGCCACAGAAAGACUUGUCAUCGCCCGGCGCGACCCAAGAUGUGUUGGGGCAAGAAGCUGUGCGCUUCGCACCUCUCCACCACGCCAUCUGCGCGAUUAGUGCGCUCGGGCUGGCAUAUAGUGGUCGGGCCUCUAUGGAGGACUCGAUGCAGCAUUACCACCAGGCUCUAGCCAUCCAGUCCACCGCAACAUCUCCCAGCGACCUGAUGCAGGACGGUGUCUUUCUCCGACACUUUCUACUCUUGGUAUACGACAUCUGUAUCCCCAUGCAAGCCGAGGAUAGCAGUGCAGAUAGCUUGUGGGCCGGAYAUCUGAACCACCUCCGACACAUCGCCACGCAGCGCCAUCGAAGUCGAGGAAGAGAGCCUCAUGGUCACAUUCUAUGGACCAUUUGCGAGCUAGACAUGUACGCAUGUCUGAUGGGUAGUGGCACCUGCGACUUCGUCCAAACGAUCAUGUCGCAGAACAUGCUGCCUCCGUUGGAACAACAAGUCCCGAAUGUAUGUGAUGGAGGAAAUUCCCCGAGAACGAUGCAUUUCCUUCCCCAUGAAGCUCGUGUCUUCACUCCAAUCCUCCACCUCAAAGAAGGCAUCGUGCUACGAACAGCAAAACUCGCACAGAUAGCACAAUCCUUCAGAGCGGAGAUCUCUUCCACACGACUCCCCGUUUCGCCUGGAACGUACGCACGCUGGCAAGCAACCGUCAUGCAGCUACAAGUAGAAAUGCACUCCUUCUGGCAACACGCAUACCCCGAACAUCUCAAUUCCGAACCACAAGCAGCAAGCGCAUCAUUACCAGGAAGAGUCCGCUCCGUCUUUGAAGAUGCCCUCCUCCUCUACCACGCCUCAACAAUCUACUCCCGAACAAGCAUGUUCCCCCACCAACGCCACAUCCCCACAGCAUCAUUAUCCCACCAAGACCUCCUCCUCGACACCGAAAAUCGCGUACGCAGUAUCCUAACCACAGCAUCCCAACACGUAAAAUCCGCACAAUUUGAAAAACGUCACGUCGUCUUUCCAAUUUUCAUCGCGGGAUUCGCGACAACUUCUUCAGAUGCCAAAGGUCAUGCGAUUGAUUUGAUACAGGCGUUUGAGGGGAAGGGCAUUGGGCAGAAUACUUUUCGGACUAGAAUGUUGCUUGUGGCGGUUUGUGAGGAACAGAGGAGAGUUUUGCGCGCGGGGGGGAGGAUGGAGGAUGUGGAGUGGAUGGAUGUUGCGAGGGAUAGGGGGUUGAAUGUGGUGAAUUGUGGGUUAUGA